AUGCAAGGGCUCCAGCCAGACAAUCUCGUCACGCUUGCGCUCAGGCUGCUGCCCUCGUCCUCGAACGCACAGGGUGCGACCGCCGCUGGCGAUGGAUCGACCCUGAGCCCCACUUCGACGACCCCGGGUGCGACCGCCGAUGACGCCAGUUCCCAUGCCAAGAAGACGGCGACGCUGUCCACGCCUUUGCAUGCCCUAGCAUUACUCGUACACUCGAUCCACUCGGCGCUCGACUUUCGUCUUGUAGAGCCCAAACCUACCAGCAGCAACAGCAACAGUGAAUCGGGUGAUGACGCGUCCCCCGCUGCGGCGGAUGUCGACCAGCUGCCCCAACGGUGGGAAGGCUCUGUCACAAACACCUCGAUCCAGUUCAAGUACAGACACCAGCAGUCGUCGAUGGAGUUUGUCGUCUCGCUCGUUGAAAUGGGUGGAAGGGCCUUGAUCGCUGCAGUUGCUGUCGAGGUGAGGCUCACAAGGGCGCAUUCGAGGCCAGAUCUUCACGGCUGAUCAUCGCACGACUACCCACACAGGACACCAAGUCCAUUUCGUACGAUGUACUGCUAGCCGACUACUUUUCCCGAUCAGCGUUCCCGCUCUCGCUCCCCACCGGCGCCUCUGAAGCCUCGGCGGCAAAGAGAGUGCUCGCCGACUCGUUCGCGACCCCACGCCGACUGCAAGAGCUCAUCAACAAUUAUCGCAUCAACAUCAUCCAGCGUCUUCUUCCUGGUCUUUCUAAGAGCGGAUACGAAGAACUUCCCUCCAGCGAAGGCUCGGGUGCGACCACCGCCGCCGGAGCGGACCGACCCCUCGCCAACCCUCGCGGCCCUUAUUACCCCGAUCCAGGAGGACCUUUGAUCGACUCGACCGCAGGCGGAUCCCGACCCCGUCCUCCACCCGAAGCAACACCCGAUCAUGACCCUCUGCGCAUCCCUGGUUCGGGUGGUCGAGGCAAUCCAUUCGGCGACGUCGGUCGAUCCGAUCUGCUUCCUCUAGGUGGGUUGGGAGGGACGACCGGACUGGGCGGCUCCAAUCCCUUUGGGGGAAACGGUCCUGCGGGAAGUGGGAUGUUCGUCGGACCUGAUCAUCCGAUCUUUGGGGAUCAUUUCGGACCGCAACGAGGUGGAGGAGGCGGAGGUGGUGGUGGUGGUGGUGGUGGAAGGUGGGGUGGGGAUGGGUUCUUGCCUCCUGGUGCGGUGCCACCGGGUGCUCGAUUCGAUCCCAUUGGACCUUCAGCGGGUGGUGCAGGAGGUGGGCGAGGUGGUCGACAAGGUGGCUGGGGUGACGAGUUCGUACGUACAUCAGUGCGAAGAAAGUAUUCAAUUCGCGCGUGCUAAUCGAUCUCUCCUGACCACUGAAUGCAGCCCCCGCCCGGAGGUAGUGGCUACGAUGACAUGUUCAGUUAA